AUGGAGCAGUUGGCUCACUUUGUAACGAAAUCGUUCGACUUUAACAACAGUCGCGUACUGGACCUGCUCAACAUGACGGCCUCGGCUGGUCCAGUAUCACAUCCCGAUUACGGUGCCCGUACCGGGUCCGAUUCGGACCUGCUGUCCAACACUAGCAGCAGUCUGGGUGGUGAUCUUGACGAUGAAAUACAUUCCCAUUCGCUCGAAGUGUCUCACCAUCAUCGACUGCACACGCUACAUCCACUCCGGACGAGCAGCGUUCUUACUGCCGAACGAAACGAAAGACGUGAAGAACCUUCAAACGAGGAUGAAGAAACGAUCGACAUAGAAAUAACGGACUUAUCGUACAGUAAUGGGAGCGGGGGCAGCAGUGGGGGUGGGUGUGAUAACGAUGAACAUAAUGCUGACAGGGGAAAUGAUCGUCCUUCGCACACGCAUCCAACGCCUGGUGCCGUUUCCCUUGAGCCGACGGUUGUGACGAGUGUGACUGCUGGUGACGAGCCAGCAGGGGAAGCGGAUAAAAAUGGCGAUAAAAGUACGAUAGGACGAUCAAUUUUACUGCUAACCGGUGCGAGCAGUAACAACAACGAGAAAGGUGUAACGAAUCGUAAUGAAAUUAGUGUUAUACGGAAGUUUGACAAUAAGAAGCUGCACGAAAACGAUCGAUCGUGUGCGGGACUGUGUGAUGUGUCCGGUGGAGAAGUGGAUGGUGUUGGGGGAGCACAGAAGAAGGAGGAAGGGAAAGGUGGAACCGGUGGGAACAAUACUAGUGGCAGCGAUGGUGCAAAUGCAAAUGGGAAAAGUAACAGCAAACGACACGUUCCACGCAAUUGGCUUAUCGCUGAUCUGGUGGAUGAAAAGAAGGAAGACAAAACCAAAGAUGACGUUGCCUUAAACCUUGUGCGCUCGGAAAAUGACACACGAGUGGUCAAAGUAGCGCACGGGUACGAUCCCGCCAGUCUACAGAUUGUACGUCCCAAGCCAGCAUCCGAGCUGCUCAAGCAAAGUGUUGAUCUCAUCAACAAUCACCACUAUCCGGCCCAUCAUCCGGCACCAGCAGUACCGAGCGCUGGUACCGACGGUGAAUCCGAUACAGAACCGCGAAUUCCCCGCGCAUCUCUCACACCCGACCAGGACGAUCCGUGUGCGGAUGGUACGCGUUCCGAAUCAGCACCCCCUGCCUCCGGCACUGAGCGGCCCGAAGAACGGCUUAAGCUCGCAACCGAAUCGUCACACGUCACCAACGGCCAUGGUCCCCUGUCGGCACUGACCAACAACAAACAGCGCCGGUCCCGGACGAACUUUACGCUCGAGCAGCUAAACGAGCUCGAGCGGUUGUUCGAGGAAACGCACUAUCCGGAUGCAUUUAUGCGGGAAGAGCUAAGCCAACGGUUGGGACUGAGCGAGGCAAGGGUGCAGGUUUGGUUCCAAAAUAGGCGCGCCAAGUGUCGAAAGCAUGAAAAUCAAAUGCACAAAGGUAUUAUCCUUUCGAGUCAUAGUCCACCGGUCACCACUCCGCUCGAACCGUGUCGUGUCGCACCAUACGUCAACGUUCCGUCCCUGCGUGCUGGAAACGGUGUUCCACCCGGUGGAGGUACAGGUGGAACCGGAUUGCCGCCUUCAACCACCGCAGCAUCAGCAGCAGCAGCGGCAGCGGCGGCGGCCAACCAUCCCUUUCCUGUGGCCGCCUUUUCUGCCUUCGAUUCUGCAUUUAUUUCUGCCGCAGCACAACAGUACGCAGCUGCUCUGACUUCCGGUUCCGUACCGGCAAGCCUUUUCUCGCUGUCCCAGUACAGACCGGGUGGACUGGCAGCGGCAGCCGCCAUUGCUACACUUCCCGGGUUUACGGUGGCACACGACAAGAACUCCAGCAUCGUCGAUCUGCGGCUGAAGGCGGAAAAGCACAAAGAAAAUCAGAAGAAAAUUGUAAACAAUGUGUCCACGUAAC